AUGGGGGGAAAGCACUGGAAUAUGUUCAUCUCCACUGGCUUAGAACAGUACAUAUCCAGUUAUUGUAAGAUUAGUAGUGCUUGUAAAGCGUCAAUAAGUAAGACUAGACAAUCAUAUGAAAAGCAUCGAAUAAGGAUUUCCGAAACGGCUAUUCUUGUAUAUAAAAUGGCGAUCUCAGAGAUACGGUUGAGUUCCAUUACUACUGAUACACGAAUAUUGGCAAGAAGCGAUACCGAAAAAGCCGAAUCUUUAUCGGAAUAUCUCGUUGUGACUGUGGCGGCUUGUUUAUGGACCCUACUACUUCAGCAUCUCAAAACUUAUAAGUCCAGUGAGCUCAAUGAUAUUUACACUAGGAUUAUAAAAGCCCCAUCAGAUGUAAUUGCUGAACAUAUAGCCAUACUGUUUGACAUGUCUGUGAGGCAGUCCAGACUGCCGGCUGAGAGAAGGGAUUUAGUUAGUAACUAUCGACCCUUUAGCUUUACUAAUGCGGCUGUCAAACUAAUUAAAAAAGAAGACUGGGCUGGGGCAAAAGAUCGAAAUAUACCCGUAGAUGUGAUUUACAUAGAUCUAAAUAAUGUCUUUUAUAAGGUCUCCCAUCCCGGUUUUAAAUUCAAUCUGGAACCAAAAUCGUCCGUUCUACUCUUCGCCGAUGACACACAAGGGAUGUCAGAUAGCAUGGUAAUUCAGGAUGAUCUCAACUCAUUGAUGGCACUGAUAGACGGGUGGUUAUUAGAAGUGAAUUCUAACAAGAGUGUGAUGGUGCGAUUAAGUAACUAUGAUGAUUGGCAUCACUAUACAAUAUGUGGAUACGCGUUACCCAGAGUAAGAAACUAUAAAGAAUCAAGAGUCAUACCGAGCAGUGAUCUCAAAACCACCAGCCACUGUAAGGCUGAUACUGCAAUAAGCUAUGAGUUAUUGCGGUCUAUUCGUAGGUCUUUACAUCCUUGUUUCAAGUGUGAGGGGGAUAUGCUGAAAGGAGUUCAACGACGAGGGACUAAAGUUGUAAAAGGUCUCUUCAACCUAUCAUAUGAAGACCGACUGAGUCACCUGAACUUAUUUCCGUUACCUUAUCGUAGAAUAUGUGGUGAUAUAAUAUUGGCCUAUCCUAUACUGAACGAUGACCCUGGUAUUAAUAUGCCUUGCCUUUUUGUUCCGACUAGAACUGACCAUUUGGGAGGACAUUCGAAGACAGUUCAAAAACCAGGAACAAAUCGUCUACGUCUGGAGUUUCGUUUCUCGCAUCGAGUAGUGAAUUACUUGAAUUCUCUACCGGAACACAUAGUAUCAGUACCUUCUUGCGAAAAAAGCAAUUGCCAGCGUCUGGGCUGUCGUUAUUCCGUUGAAAGCGGCAUGCAAUGUGAAGAGUGCAAAGGCUGGUACCACGAAGUUUGCACGAAUUUAACGCCUGUGGCUUUCAAACGUCUUUUGGCAAGCGCGGUCGGGACACCGAACAGUAAUCGCUCUUUCGACACGCAAAUUGGUGUGAAGCAAACUCAGAUGAGUUCGGAAAAAGUUCCUUCUGUCCCUCGUCUUCUAAAUGGUAUCCAGCAGGAAACGCCUAAAAGCCGCAAUCGCAAGGCUCGAUCGGUUUCUAGCGGGAAGCAUAACCUGACCUUCCAAAUUGUCGACAACCCUCCGGAAUCCCACAGUAUUUUUGACGCAACUGUGGUUGCUUCUCAUAGCAAUGUUAACGAAUGGGCACAGGUUGUAAGGAAGAAACAACAUAACGAUAUAAAAGGGAGUCCUGCUCCCAUAAAAGUAGUUGAAAAAUCGAAGGCUGAUUACAGUGACAGAUCUGUUAUUUUUCAUACAAUCAAUGAGAAUGAAAGCUCUGAACCAAAAACUCGUUUUGGGCAUAACAUUGUGCUAAUAAAACAGCUACUUAAUCAACUCAUGCCUCAAAAUACUCUUGGAGUCACCUUGUUAAAGGUGUACAGACUAGAUAGUCUAGCGAACUUGAAGCCUAAUCUAUCCAGACUGCUUAAAGUAGCAUUCAAGUCUUCGAAUGAGCGCAACUUAAUUUUACAGAAUCCACAUGAAUUAAAGGGUUCAGUAGUUUUUAUCCGUAAGGACUUGUCGUUGGCAGAUCACGUAAAAAGACGGGAAGCCGAAAAACUACAAAUUAGGUUAGACGCUGGCGAAAAGGAUAUAAAAAUUGUAAAUUUUUGGGUUUAUCGAAAAGCCCGGAAUACCUGUGCCUCAACCCUCCGUAAGUCUAGAAAUUUGUACGAAGAAAAGAUUGUUAAGGAAUCCAUAGAAUGUCCUAAACAUUUGUAUUCCUAUAUAAACCAAAGAACAAAAAUAAGAGGAAAUAUUCCUGCAAUAUGGGGAGACAGUACUGCCGCAUCAUUAGUGGAGGACGACUUUGGUAAAUCCACGGGACCCGAUAAAUGGCAUCCUAGGCUACUGAAGGAAUUAUGUAACUCCGUUGCGAACCCUUUAAGCAUAUGCUUUAAUCUAUCCAUAAUGCAGGAUCGUUUACCAAAAGAUUGGAGGAACGCCAUAGUAAGUCCUGUCUUCAAAACAGGUACGAAAUAUAAACCUGAGAAUUACCGACCCGUUGGCUUAAUUAGUGUGGUUAUUAAAAUCUUAGAAAAGACUAUUCACAAGGAGCUGUUUAGGUACCUCGAUGAAAACCGGAUCCUUUCGGAGAAGCAGCACGUCGCUCGUGAAAGCUGGUGCCCUUUUAAGGACCAAACGUUACCUGUAGACGUAGCCUACAUCGAUUUCAGCAAAGCUUUAGACAAUGUUCCGCACAACCGGCUGUUAUAUAAGCUAAGAAAUAUCGGGAUUGGAGGUAAUCUAUUGAUGUGGAUAAAAUACUUCCUAGUUGGGCGCCAACAAAGAGUACGGGUGAACUCAAAGUUAUCUAGCUGGGAAACUGUGCUUAGUGGAGUGCCCCAGGGUACAGUUUUAGGGCCAGUGCUAUUCCUCUUGUAUGUAAAUGACCUUCCUCGUUUCCUAUCAUCAUCGGUCUUGCUAUAUGCUGAAAAUGUCAAGAUAUGGAGAACGAUACGAUGUAAGGGUGAUAGCUCAGAACUCCUAAAUGACAUGAAGAAAUUAGCUGAAUGGUCUCAAACCUGGCAGUUGCCCAUAAAUACCUCCGAGUGUGUUGUGAUGCAUAUCGGUCAUCAAGGUACAGAUACAUACACGAUAAAUAACACUGAACUACCUGUUGUCCAGACGCAUAAUGACUUAGGAGUUAUCGUUAGCCAAGACUUAAAGACUACUGCACACUGCCGUGCAAUAGCCACCAAAGGUUUUAGAACCUUAUGGUCAAUACGUAGGGUUUUUAGUCAUGUCGACGCUAAAACGUUUUUAACUUUGUAUACAGUGUUCGUACGUCCUAAACUUGAGUACUGCAUACAAGCGGCUAGCCCCUGCUUAAAAAAAGACAGUGAGCUUCUGGAAAAGGUUCAGAAAACAGCAACUAAGCUGAUUCCCGGAAUAGCGAAGCUUCCGUAUGAAUCUCGAUUGGCCAACCUAAACCUUUCCCCGUUGUCAUAUCGUAGAACUAGAGGGGACUUGAUUACAGUUUUCAAAUUGCUUAGUGAUAAAUUCGCACCUAACAUGCCCUCAUUUUUCUUGUCUUCCGAAACAGAGAAUUUACGGGAACACUCCGAAAAAGUUCACAAGCCCAGGACAAAUUACUUGUCAGCUGACUAUCGACUUUCCCAUCGAAUCAUAAACGAGUGGAAUUCAUUACCUCAGCACGUGGUUGAGGCUCCAUCCGUCGACUCAUUCAGAAGAAAUGUCUGUCGAGCAAACCUUGCACUGGUAACACUGAAGCGCAUUUGCGGCCAGUCUGACAGUAGAACUCUCAGCAUAAUCUUCAACAGUUUUACUCGUCUCUAUUUAGAGUACGGAAGCAUAGUAUUUCCUCCCUCUCUCCAAAAGGAUAAGGACACUCUGGAACGCAUCGAACGAUGA